AUUCAACUCAGUCCGAGCGGAAAAGACCAGAAGCAAAUUUGAAAACCAGCUAGUGACGUGACCGCCUACUAGGUCGUCCAACAAUCUGUUCAGCUUCACUAUUCUCCCUUCCAGCAUUUCCGGGAAUGCCCCUCAAUGAUUUUCUAGGGCAGAGAGCUCGCCCCAUUGUGGCUUCGUUCAAUUCUCACAAGGUUCUGCUCUAUGGUCUAGUGUCUACAAUUGCAGUUUCGGCGACCAUCACAAAUGCACUCCGAUGUCACAGUAAUUUCUAUUCUGUGGCAAUUUAUCUUUCAAAGAGUAAUAGAAGUGUAUUGAUCCUUGCGAAUUUCGGCCUUCUUGUUGCAUUGCUGUGCGGACAGCUCGUGCAACAGAUAUUCUUUGGCGCCCUUCGUCCUCAGGAGGUGGAGCGCCUAUAUGACCGUCUAUGGUUUUUCGUCACGGAGUCUUUGCUGGCAUUCACAAUCUUCAGGGAUGACUUUGAUAUUCCGUUUGCCUUGAUGUUCGGCUUUUUGCUGUUUGUCAGGUCAUUCCACUGGCUUGCUUCGGACCGAAUUGAGUGGAUGGACCAACGUCCAUAUCCUGGCCCUCCCACACUUUUUCAUGUUCGAAUGACCAGUCUAUUUGUCAUACUCUGGUGCAUAGACCUACUCAUGUUUGCGGUCGCGGUCGAAAGUACAUUGAAAAAUGGCAUAGGGGGCAUGAUGAUGUUUGCCAGCGAGUACGCUAUCUUGAUGGCGAGCGCUAUGAAUACUACCGCAAAGUAUUGCGUUUGCGUUAUCGAUUUGAGACGUGCAAGACAAAGGGGUGGCGAGAAUGCGCCUCCAUGGCAAAAUAAAAGCAUGUGGGUAUUCUAUAUCGAAUUGGUCACCGAUUUUUUGAAACUCACCACCUACCUUCUAUUCUUCCUCCUUAUCGUGGCGUUCUAUGGGUUGCCGCUGAACAUCAUCCGAGAUGUUUAUCUCACUGGGCGGUCAUUUGUGACACGAUUGCGCGCGCUUGUCCGAUACAGAGCUGCCACCCGCAACAUGGAUGAGCGCUACCCGGACGCGAGCGAGGAAGAAAUGUCAGCUAUGACAGAUCGGACUUGCAUUAUCUGUCGCGAGGAGAUGUUUGUCCAGGGCGUCUCUGGGAAUCAGGAAGGCGAUUCCGGCUCCAACCCUGCCCAGCAGAAUUCUGAUGGCCCUAACACCACCCCAAAGAAGCUACCAUGCGGCCAUAUUUUCCAUUUUUAUUGCCUUCGAUCAUGGCUUGAGCGCCAGCAAAGCUGCCCUACUUGUCGACGCAGUGUGCUUGAGAAUCCCGCGCAAGAACAGCAGCGUGCUGCGGGUGCUCAGGUAGGAGUUAUACCUGGACAACCAAAUAAUUUUGGCAACCCGGUGGCCCCAGGAAACCAACCGCAGGCACAGCGCAACGUUAACAAUCAACCUCCACCAAAUGCAGUUGCUCAGGGGUGGUUGCCCGGGCAAGCCCCAGGUGUCGUUAUUCAAUAUAACAUCCAGUACCAGGGCGCGCCACCAUCACGGGACGCAUCUCAAGCUCCGACUACCCCGCAGCCUGUGCCUCGCUUUGCUGGGUUCACUGGCCUCGAUGGACAAUGGCGUCAGUGGGGUAUGGAUGCCCGAUGGUUUGGUGACGAGCCUUCGGGUGCCUCAGAUCAACCCUCGGCCAUCGCUGGUAACUCACGUCUGAAUCCCCGAGAUGCCGCUGCCUCCGCUGCAUCACAGCGAUUUGGAAACAAGAAUACCCGGAGAUCCAAUGAUGAGGCACCUGCGUUAGCCAAUGACACACUUGCUGCCAAGCCUUCAUCUGGUGAGGCGCCAGACGCGCCACAUUCUGAUGCCAAUGUUUCUUCUGCUAUGCCAGAUUCAGGCUUGACAAUCCCUUCUUUCAUCCCAUUACACGCCCAUGAAAUUCCCCCAUCAAUGGGAACAUCACUAGGCGCUGACCCGUCCCACACUCACUUGUGGCAGCCAGUCCCACCAUCACCACAUGAUGAUUUAGUACGUCUGCCAAGUCUCAGCGCUUCCGUCCCCGCGGGCACCGUUCAGACGCCAUUACGUGGACUGCCACCCAAUCUGACGGACGAGCAGCUAAUGCUCAUGGAUCAGAUUACUCGAGAAGCCAUUGACGAGAGACUCAGGAUACUCGAAGGAGUUUCAGUUGCAGUUAGUCGUUGUGUGGAGGAUCUCACGCGAGUACGAAGUGCCUUGCCAGUUUCCAGCAACACACCGUCAGCUGUCAUGGAACCACAUGAUACGCCACACUCCUCUGCUACUGACGAGCAUAUGUAACAUACCUACACUGUUGUUACAACGUCGAAUAUUAUUCUCCUUUACCCUCUUACAAUAUCCUCCAGCACGGCCCUGAUAGGGCACCGCGUCUUAACUGGGGUAUAGAAAUAUAGAAAUGCUCUCUCUC